CUAAAACAGUUUAAAGAAUGUACGACGGUAAUUCUUUAUUUACUUAUAAUAAUAUCUUUACAAAAAUUCAUUUUGAAAGGUUACUAACUCUACUUUCUUCUUUUGGUUCGAUUUCGAUUUGUUAAAAUAAAAAAUGCUUGUUUUAGACGCAGGUUCUACUUCCAUUCUAUCAAAGAUCCCAGUUGAAAAACUAGAGACAUCAAGACUUUGGACUUCAGAAGCGCUUGUGCAAUUUCCAAAGGAAGUCUUACAACACCAUAAAGAUUAUCUUCAAGUAUGUGACAUUAUCAGCACUUUUACCUACCAGCUUGAUGAAUCAAUUUAUGACGAGCAAGUUGAAAAGGUCCCUCUCUUGGAAGUUUACUCCCGCAGUAUGGCCCUUGCCCUGCAAGCCAGAGAGGAAGUUAAGCUUCCUAAAAAAUACGUUGCUCUUACUCUGGGUAGCCAUGCCGCAACCAUUCCAGGAGCCAUGGAAUACCGCAUGGUUUACGAUAAACCUGGCGAUUUCGAUAUGCUCUACAACUUUCACAAAAAGCGCCUUGAGCAGUUUCAGUCUUCUAACCCAGAAGCCUUUAAGCAAAUUGACUAUUUGGCGUUUGAAAGUCUUCCACACAUCACUGAGGCUCUUGCCUUGCACAAGCUUUUGACUGACUUCAAGGGUUGGAACAAGCGAUGCUGGAUUACUAGCACUUGUCCCGAUUUGAAAAGUCUUGAUCGUGUGAAACAAAUUCUUACUGCUCUUCUAGACACAAAUUCUGAAUAUAUCUGGGGUGUUGGUGUCAAUUGCUGUCACAUUAGUUUACUUCCCACCAUCACUAGCACCCUCUCGGAUCUUUUUAAAGGCCAUGCUGACAAAACUGUGAUGCUCUACCCUGACGGCCGUGGUUUUCCUAAUCCUUAUACCACAUCUCUCACCUCUGAAGUGAAGCCUGCUCCCUCUCCCGAGGAAUGGGCUGACUCAUCUUUUGAAUACUCUAAAUUAAAUGACGGCAAUGUUGUUGUCGGUGGUUGUUGUGAAACGGAUAUCCGCCAUGUUAGUAAUUUAAGAACUAAAUGUCAUUAGAAUAAUCGUUUGUCUAACUAGCUUACUUUUUUAUUUCGCUUUUUCAUGUAAAGUUCAUAGAAUCCUUCGAUGCGUUAUGCUUACCAAACUCUUUAUUAUGUUUCCUAAAACCCAUUUUACCCUAAUCUAAAUUGUUAUAAUACAUCUAUCACAACUCUCUAUACGAUAAAUUGUCAAAACAGAGAAGCC